CUGGCCUUAUUUGAUCACUCACUCUAGACUUCAGAGGAAAUCAAGUCCUGUACUGUGCCUGGUGGUCUGGCUGCAGUGAGGAAACAGUUUGAGAAUGGGCAGAUGAUCCCUUCAAGGACCACCUUUGCUCGCUCCCAGCACCAGCACAAAUCUGCAGAGGAGACCUCAGGUACCACUCAGCUCCCAGUAACAAGCAGCACCAGGGAAGCUGAGUGCAGUGGAACAACCUCCAAAGAAGGCCCAGAGGAAGCCUUUCAAAGCCAAGAGGUUUCUCUCGGGGAGCAAGUGACUCCAGAGACAAACAGGGCUUCUACGUUGACACAGGAUACUGAUGAAGCAGUAAGCAAUGCAGCUAAGAACAAGGAAGUCCCAAAGAUUUCCACAGAUGUUUGUGAUCAUGAGUUGGAAAGGACAGCUCAAGAAAAGGCUAUUCCCAAAGACAGAGAGACUGCAACAUCUGCACAAGAUGGAAAGUUUGUCAGAUGCAGAGAAACCAUCAGCUUGAGAACUGAAGAGAAGUGUCAAAACGGUGAGGGCUAUCCAGACCAGACAAUUCAGCAGGCACAGAUGAGGGAAGCACUAUGGCAGCCCAAAGGCACAAUGACAUCUGCUGCUUCCCAAAUGAGAGCCAUUAAUGCAAUCAUCAAGAACCAUGCACAUUCUGUAAGACAGCCAUAUCACCAAGGAGCUGCUUUUCUGCCAGUUCAAAAUGUCUUUGAAGGAGAAAAUCCAAAGUGUCAGAGAAGUGAGAUCUGUCCAGAGGAGAUGCUCCCUAAGCCUAAGAAGCUGCAGAUGAGGGAGCCACUGAGACAGCCAAAAAGCAAAAUCACUUAUGCAGCAUCCAGAACUAAGGUUAUCAAUGAAAUCCACAGGAAUCAAAAAUGUUCUCAAAGACAUCCAAACCCACAAGGAGCUGCUUUUCUGGCAGAGAAUGUGCAAGGGCUCAAAACGACAGAAUCCAACCUAAAGAACAAAGAUGCAAGUGUCACAGUCUGUGUGUUGUGCAGUAAUGCACAACAAGUUUACAAUAAAAAGAAGAAAUGACUUAAAACUAACAGACUUGUCUGAA